GAGCCGCGUGUUAAAACUCUCAGGCUCCCAGUGCGCGCAGGGAUUCUUGGGAAAUGUAGUUUUAGUAGUAGUACCUCCACAUUCAUUUAAUACAACUCCCAGAAAGCAACGGGCAAUGGCGCCUGCGUACUACACUCAGCAGUCUAUUUCCCCGCCCCGUGGUGACCUCAUCAGAAGGCGGGGUCCGGCGUCCGGAUUUUUUUGUCCUACCUGUGUCUGUACUGUUGGGUAUGGCGGCUCCCCGUCCUGUGAGUCCAGAGGCGCCUUUUGAUCCGUCCAAGGCCCCGGUUAUUGAGGGCUUCAGCCCCACUGUCUACACCAAUCCAGAGGGCUUCAAGGAAAAGUUUAUUCGCAAGACCCGUGAGAACCCAAUGGUGCCUAUAGGCUGUCUGGGUACGGCGGCUGCCCUCACCUAUGGCCUUUACUGCUUCCACCGCGGCCAGAGCCACCGAUCCCAAAUAAUGAUGCGCACCCGAAUCGCUGCCCAGGGUUUCACGGUCGUAGCCAUCUUGUUGGGGUUAGCGGCAUCCGCUAUGAAGUCUCGACCCUAAGUGUGUGGCCGGGUCUUGAAAGCUCCAUGGAAAUCAUUACAAAACUCAGGAACAACAAACAGCUCUGUGAGACGUGCACCCUCUGUUUCUGACAGGCCCUUAUUGUCAUUUGGGUGAGGAAGUGGCCGAUUUUGUGACUUAUUUGCGCCUCCACCGCCCCCUUCCAAAUCCCAGGUUCGUUUCAGUUGGGUUGCAUGCUUCUAUUUGUGAUGCCUCCCCUUAAUUACUUAAUAAAAGCUUAUUACACUUAUA